CGGUCUUCUUCUUUUCUCCCUUUCUUUCUCCAACCAACUUUCUUUUCUCCUAUUCCUUCCUUUCCAAUUGUUCCUUCUUUUCCUUUUUCUUCCCUUUUCUUCUUUCAACGAUCGUUCAUUUUUUCACCUACUAAACUAAUCAUACGUAACACUCAUACCCUUUUCUGCUUUCGCUACCUCCCACAACUCACUUCAACGUUCAACAAUGAAGUCUUUCGAUUCUGUCACUGGUCUUGUCUUGCCAGAACCCAAGAAUAGGUUGUUCCUCUGGAGUGUCCUCAUCGUGGUUUCUUUGAUUUCUGGUGCUUAUUUCGUUGGAAAUGCUUUUUUUGCAAAUGAAUACAAACAGAGAUUAGCACGAUGGGGACUAAUUCAUACAAUACCAGAUUCAAAAUCAAAUGCUUGCAAGAGAGAAUGCUGGCCUUUGGGAAGUGAGGCAUUACCUGAAGGAAUUAUUGCCAGAACAUCUAACUUGGAAAUGCGGCCCUUAUGGGACUCUGGUAAAGAUCAUACAAUUUUAAAGCGCCCAUUGAAUCUGUUGGCUAUGGCAGUAGGACUUAAGCAGAAAGAAAUUGUCAACAAUAUUGUUGAAAAGUUCUUGUCAAGUGAUUUUGUUGUGAUGCUUUUUCACUAUGAUGGUUUUGUGGAUGGAUGGAAGAGUUUAGCUUGGAGUAACCAUGUCAUACAUCUAUCUGCUAUAAAUCAAACAAAAUGGUGGUUUGCGAAACGGUUUUUGCAUCCAGACAUAAUUGCCGAAUACAACUACAUAUUUCUUUGGGAUGAGGACCUUCUUGUUGAUAAUUUUGAUCCAAAAAGGUAUUUAUCUAUUGUUAAAGAAGAGGGUCUUGAGAUAUCUCAGCCGGCUCUGGAUCCUACCAAAUCUGAGGUACAUCAUCCACUGACAGUCCAUAAAGCCGGAUCGAAACUGCACAGAAGGUAUUAUAAACUAAAAGGCAGUGGAAGGUGUGAUGAUAGUAGCAUUGCUCCUCCUUGCAUUGGUUGGGUGGAAAUGAUGGCACCGGUAUUUUCUAAGAAGUCUUGGCAAUGUGUAUGGCAUUUAAUCCAGAAUGACUUAAUCCAUGCCUGGGGCCUGGAUAGGCAGCUUGGCUAUUGUGCACAGGGUGAUCGAAUGAAAAAUGUUGGUGUUGUUGAUUCUGAGUACAUAGUUCAUCUGGGCCUGCCUACUCUUGGUGGCCCAAAUGGCAAUGAGGCAUCGUCAGACUCUCCUGGAGGUAAUGCUAGAGCCAAUGUUAGGAUGCAAUCAUACAUUGAAAUGCAGGUUUUCGGUAAAAGAUGGGGAGAUGCAGCAAAGAAAGACAAAUGUUGGAUUGAUCCAUAUCAACAACAGGCAAACCUGACAAACCAUUAACUGAUUGAAUGCCAUGUCCAGUGUCCAUGUGCAUAGUCACGUUUGAAAUUCACACGUCACAUUUUGCAUCCGAUUUUUGUUUCUAGUCUCAGGUAUACAGGUGUUCAUAUUGCAUAGUUUAUUUUAUUCUUUUUCAAGGAUGGUCAAUGUAAAAAGUGAAGUAUACCCCUUUUUAUUCUGGAAAGGGUGAUUCAGAAUGUAAAAGUUACAUUUUGGAC